GCUAUUUAAACUGUUGAGUGUUGAGGCCAUGAUCUUCAAACUUAACGAUUAAGAGCCACUUUUAGUCACAUCCUUAGCAACAAUGGCUGCAAGUUCAGCUUCUCCUCAACUGAAACUUGUUACAUGUGCCAUUCUGCUGUUACCACUCUUUGUCACUACAGUCACCAGUGAUGAUAUAUUCCUUGAUUGGCACGUUUCUGCUGAUUUCAACUUAAAGCCUGUUUCUAUUGAUCAACCGGUGAUAACAAUCAAUGGCAUGUUCCCGGGACCCCUUAUAAAUGCAACAACAAAUGAUGUUGUUCAUGUCAAUGUUUACAAUAAUUUGGAUGAUCCCUUGCUGUUUACAUGGAAUGGCAUUCAGCAAAGGCUGGAUUCAUGGCAAGAUGGAGUGUCUGGCUCAAACUGCCCCAUCCAACCUGGCAAGAAUUGGACGUAUGUUUUCCAAACCAAAGACCAGAUUGGCACAUUCUCUUACUUUCCUUCCAUCAAUUUCCUUAAAGCUGGUGGAGGGUUUGGUCCAAUUCGAGUCAACAAUCGAGCUGUGAUAAGUGUUCCUUUUCCAAAACCUGAGGCAGAGUAUGAUGUUCUAAUUGGUGACUGGUACAGCAGUAGCUACAAGGAUAUUAGGUCUAGGUUGGAUAUGCGAGAUGUUCUUCCCCCUGGUUGGAUGCUAAUAAAUGGAAAAAGGCCAUAUAUGCACAAUUUAUCUCAAUCAUAUGAGACUUUCAAUGUUACACCAGGUAAAACAUAUUUGCUUAGGAUAUCAAACGUAGGGACAGCUUGGAGCUUCAAUUUCAGGAUUCAAAAUCAUCAAAUGGUUUUGGUUGAAACCGAAGGUUCUUAUGUGAACCAAAUACCGUUGGAGUCUCUUGACGUUCAUGUAGGCCAAUCCUACUCAGUUCUUGUCACAGCAAACCAAUAUGCUGCUGAUUACUACAUAGUGGCCUCUCCUAAAAUGAGUGAUGCCACCAAUAAUAGCACUCUUGUUGGCGUUGCUGUGCUUCAUUAUAAUAACUCUACCUCACCGGCUAAUGGGUCUCUCCCAUGUGGUCCAUAUCCAUAUGAUCUGCAGUUUUCCAUCAACCAAGCAAAAUCCAUUAGGUGGAACCUAACCGCUGGAGCUGCAAGGCCUAAUCCUCAGGGAACAUUCAAUGUAUCAAAUGUGACAAUAUCUGAGACUUUCAUUCUCCAGGCAUCAAAAGCAACUAUAAAUGGGUCAUCUCGUUACACUGUCAACAACGUGUCUUACUUGACCCCAGACACACCACUCAAGCUAGCUGAUUACUUUUCCAAUGGAACAGGAGUAUAUGAACUUGAUGCUUAUUCUAAGAACACUUCAAAUGUUAAUGCUGUGCGUGGAGUUUUCGUAGCUAGUGCAUUGCAUAAAGGGUGGACAGAGAUAGUGCUUCAUAACAAUUUAUACAUUAUUGAUUCUUGGCAUUUGGAUGGAUAUAGCUUCUUUGUCGUCGGAAUGGGGUAUGGAGAAUGGAAUCCAGGAUUACGCUCAACUUAUAACCUUUAUGAUCCUGUUGCUCGGUCCACUGUGCAAGUGUACCCUGGAGGGUGGAGUGCAGUGUAUGUGUACCCUGACAACCCUGGAAUGUGGAACCUGAGAUCACAGAACUUGGAAAGCUGGUAUUUAGGUGAAGAGCUUUAUGUGAGGGUUUAUGAUGCUGAUCCUGACCCUGCCAAGGAGAAGCCACCUCCACCGAAUCUCCUUCGAUGUGGCAAGUUUCAACCCCCAGCUCCAAUCCCUGCUCCCUCAGUCUCUCCUGCACCAAAUCCUCCAUCAUCCAUGGCACAUAAUUCACAUACAACAAGGUCUGUAAUUGCUGUGUUCACCACUGCCUUGAGCUUCCUCUAUUUUGCUCUCCAUUAAUUGAGAUGGUGCACCAUUUGCUAAAGAGAUUUGCAGACCAGCAUAACAAAAUAAUUCUUACAGUAUUUUUUUUUCUUUCUUCAAGUUUGUACAUUAAGAAUGAAAGCAAUUCCCCAUUUUUUUCCCUUUCUAUUGUUACAAGUUAAUUUCGUAUAGAAUGAAAGGUAUAGGUAACAAUAUUGGUUACUUAUUUCGUAUAGAAUGAAAGGUAUAGAA